GGGGGCUGAGGAAGCGGAAGCUCUUCCGCCCUCCCGGAAGCGCCCGGCGGGGUCGGGCGGCUAUGGCUGACGAGGAGGAGGACGCGCCGUUUGAAGAAGACGCGGAAGAAGCCGGCGGGGGCCUGGACGGCGGGCAAGGCAAGAGGAAGAGGCUGUUCUCCAAAGAGCUAAGAUGCAUGAUGUAUGGAUUCGGGGAUGACCAGAACCCUUACACAGAAUCAGUGGACAUUCUCGAGGACCUGGUAAUAGAGUUUAUCACAGAAAUGACACACAAGGCCAUGUCAAUUGGGCGGCAGGGUCGUGUACAGGUUGAAGACAUUGUCUUUCUAAUACGCAAGGACCCCCGGAAGUUUGCCAGAGUUAAAGACCUCCUAACUAUGAAUGAAGAACUGAAACGAGCCAGAAAGGCCUUUGAUGAAGCAAACUAUGGAUCUUGAUUUUAUGCGCAAGCUGCACUGGGACAUUACUUGGGCACCUGCUGCCCAAAAGGAAGGAACGUGAUGUGUGGUGUUUGGAGGGGUUAUUCAGGAUGGAGGUCACUGCUGGGAUGUAUGCCCUCGCUCCCAGCCUCUUCUGAGAAGUAUUCAAGCAGCUGAAUGUUAUCUGAUUGUAUGUGGUAUACUUAGGUAUUUUUAUACUGUUUUAUGAAAUGAGAAAAGAGCUCUAAGGGUUCUUGUAGUGGCAGGAAGUCUGAAGUAGGACUGUGUUGAAUCAGAUAUCUAGAGGGCUAAUAAUGGGUGAUUCUCUACAACUGUUUCAGUUAUCACUGGGUAUUCCUGUGACAGGAAACCUAGAAAAUGGAUCUUGGUUAACUGGACAAAGUCUUCAAGCCCAAACUACUGUAGAAGUUCUGCUCUUUGCUCUGUAUAUGCUCUUUGAAUAAAACAUUUUAAGUUUGUGCCCACUCCUCAUAACUAAAAUUACAUUGAUCAAUUCACACAAGGUGUGUAAUACAGGGGUUUUAGCACUUAAUUGGCUAGGAAGGUUAUUUUUAAUUCUGUCCCAGUAGGCACAGCUCUUUUGUUUUCUCUCAGUAUUAAGCCUAGGAAAUUGAAGUUAACCUAUUCCUGAUUUACUUGCACUUACAGCCUUUCCUUACCCCUGCUAGGCAGGUGCUCUACAAUAAAGCAGAUUCCUGUUCUUCA